UAUACAUACAAUAUAUACAUAUAUACAAACAUUUUAAAACGUUUAUAGAAUUAUUUCUGUUAGAAUUUGAUACAUUUGAUGAAUCUUGAAUAUAAUAAUAAGACAAUUGGUCUGAAAAACAAAGCAAGAAAAUAAUUAUCAAAAUAUAUAUGUAAACAUCUCUGUAUGCAGAUGCAAAAAUAUUCCAUAGUUGAAUUUAAUGAUGAAAAUACCGUUGAAAUUAUUCCUUCUUCUUGGAUAUCAUUUGAUAAAAAAACUACAUUAUGGCCCAAUACUAUAUCUCCUGCCAUUCUAAAGAAAUAUUUGAAAAAUAAUACUCAGCCCAAUGAUGAUUGGACUUCUGUACAUAUAAGAGUUUUAGGACAUGCAGAUAAUUUAACUGAAGCCAUGAAAAAAGCGGAAAGAGCACAAGAUACGUCUCAGUUAAGUAGUAGUGAUGACUCUACUUCUGAUACAACAAAUACACGACAGAAGAAAUCCCAACAUAAACAUCACAAUUUGUCUGAUGAAGAUGAUGAAGAUGAUGCUUUAGCUUCAAAAAAUCAGUAUAAAAUAAAUUCAGAGAAAGGUCCUAAAUCCAAUAAAAAUAAAAGCAUCCAAAGAGAUGAAGCAGAAAAGUCAAAGAAGAUUUCAUAUCAAAAUCUAAAUAGUUCUUCCAAUGAAGAAGAUGAUCUAGCUUCAGGAAAUCAGUGUACAGUAAAUUCAGAUAAACGUCCUAAUGUUCCAUCUUUUCCUGAUAAUGAGUUAAAUUUACAAAGAGAUUCUCAAGCUGAUCCUGUAUUAUCCAAUAAAAGUAAUACAACCAUCCAAAGAAGCGAAGUAGAAAAAUCAAAAAACAUUCAACAAAUUAAAGAAGGCAUUUUAACAAAAAUUUUUAAAUUAAUGGAAGAAGUUAGAUUUGAAACAGUUGCAUUGAAAAAGGGACAACAAGAAAUAAAAGUAAAAUUAGAUACUCUAUUGACACACAAUGAUAAUAGUGUCAUAAACACAUUUAGUCACCUUCUUCCGAUUUGUUCCAUGGAGUCCUUUGAUGAAAUUGAUCAAGGUUUGAAAAAUUCUGAAGAAAACUUUAUAUCUUUGAUAAAAUAUCUCAACCUUGGUUCAGGAGAAACUGUAAAGGCAUUAGUGCCAUCAGUAAUGAAAUUACUUAUGAAGAAGACUGUUUCCAUGCAUUUCAGUGGUUCCGGAAAACAAAAAAACGUGAUUUUUCUGCAACUAAGGUUGCUGCUGCAGUAUUUGAGGUUGUGUCGAAAAAAAUACCAAAUGUAUCCAGAAAUGAAAUUUUGCAAAAAAUAUCAAAAUUCCUUGCAGAAAGUGGAGACAGAGAAGGAGGAAGAAAAGAAAGAUUUUCGAAAUCUACAAAUUAGGUUUUUUCUUUCAUAAU